AGAAGGAGAUGCACAUCUCCAUCAACGUCAUAAGUUUACUUGGUCAUGUGGACUGAGCAGCAAAUGGAUGACCUGACCCUCUUGCACGACUGCCCCAUACAAGAAGCUUCUACUUCCAGAAUAUAACGGACACAUUGUGCCAACCCAAAAGAUCAACAAUAUAACGGAGAGAGAGAGAGAGAGAGGGAGAGAGAGGGAGAGAGGGAUGGAACAGCGAUAUAGCAGUGAUACAAGGAUAACUGACAAGAAGAAGAACAAGGAUGAUGAGGAAGAAGUGACGCUUCCUGGGUUCCGGUUUUACCCGACUGAUGAAGAGCUUGUCGGGUUUUAUCUUCGCCGGAAAGUGGAGAGGAAGCCUCCCAAGAUCGAUUUCAUCAAGCAGGUCGAUAUCUACAAGUACGAUCCCUGGGAUCUCCAAGAUGUUAGCAAAAUGGGAGAGAGAGAAGGCUACUUCUUCUGCAUUAGAGGGAGGAAGUACAGAAACAGCAUAAGGCCAAACAGAGUGACCGGGUCUGGAUUUUGGAAGGCCACCGGCAUCGACAAGCCCAUAUAUUCCAGUAAAAAUCCCCAUGACUGCAUCGGCCUCAAGAAGUCUCUCGUCUACUACCGUGGCUCCGCCGGCAAAGGCACCAAAACCGACUGGAUGAUGCACGAGUUCCGGCUGCCGCCUGCUGGGAAGGGUGGCGCUCUAUCUGUUGCAGAUGACACAAUCACUGAAGCAGAAGUAUGGACGCUUUGCAGAAUUUUCAAACGCAUACCCUCCUGCAGAAAAUACAUUGCAACACCUGAAUGCAAUGAGGCCACCUUCAAGCAGAGCUCAAUCGAUUCAUGCUCUAAAUCGAGCAGCUUCGAAUCCGAAUACGGAGACCCAUGCUUGAGUUUUGGAUCGGAUCAUUCAGCCAUCCAACCAAGCAACAGAAAGCCCGCGACCCGCCAUGUCGAUCAAGCACAAUACUCAUCGGCCAACCAUUGCAAUUCCAUCCCUCAGGCGCCUAUGGCCACACCGUGCUCGAGCUUUUGGAAUCUAAAUGGAGAGGAUAUCUUCGCGAGCGGAAUAAACUGGGAUGAACUGAGAUCGAUAGUUCAGGGAGAGUGAUUCCCCGCAAAAAUUAGUUAGUCGUGCGGGAACUGGGAAUUUGCGGAUUCGAGAGAUCAAGGGAUGAACAUGACACAACUGAAGUUUCUUUUUCCUGGGAUUUAUUACUAGGAAAUGAGGACAGAAAUAGGCAUAGUUUUUCAUAAUCGAAAGUAUGGACCUCCUAUCUUACUUUGGCGUGGAAGUAAACCUGGACUGAGAAGUUUUGUUUGACAAUAGCAGAUUUUUUUUGCCUUGUGAUCUUCACGUCCAAUGGAAGGGCGACUUCGUGUAGUAGCUUUGCGAAUGUUCGCGGUCAUUGGAUCAAAGUGUUGACUUUGACUAUCAAUGCCAAAAUUUUGCUUUCCUUUCUCUAAAUCUCCUAAAAUCACUCCAAAGGGAUUCGGAGAGAUUAUGAUGACUUGUGAACAUUUGUUUUGAACAAGUAAAGCACACUUUUUCUUGCCGAUU